AUGCUUCUAUCCGCUCUUUUAGUGCUAGUAGGCUCUGCCUCAAUUGCAGUCGCUCGACCUGGACCCCAUAAUUCGGAUCCGCCCAUCCCUACGCCCCACCCGGGUGGGAAUGGAUUUUCAUAUGAGGGGUGCUAUGCCGAGCCUCGCGGGGUGAAUGCGUUGAAAAAGUCUUGGUUCGACGAUGGCAUGACGGUGGAGAAGUGUUUAUCCUUUUGUGAACCAAAGUAUGGGCAGUAUGCUUGGGUGGAGGAUAACAAUGAAUGUUGGUGCGGCGACUCGCUUGAUCCAAGGAUUACAAAGACGGGGGCACACGAGUCCACCAUUGUCCGUGAGGCUACGGUAACCGUUACUCAUUCAUCCACAAUCGCUCGUUCAACUACGGUUACGAAAGCGCGUACUGUUACGGUUCGAGCGCCCGGGGGCGAUAGCAAGCCGUCUACUACUACGGUAACAGUACCAACUACAGUCACCGCUCCGAGGGAAGUUACGACGGUUACUAUUCCUGGGGCUGGUCAAGUAACCACGGUCACUGUUCCAACUACUGUCCAACUCCCGGCAGAUGUUAGCACUGUGACAGUGCCGACUACCCUUACCAUCCCUGGCGCUGGUGAGGUGACCACUGUCACUGUCCCUACUACUGUCCAGCUCCCAGCAGAGGUUAGCACUGUGACAGUUCCCACCACCCUUACUAUACCUGGAGCAGGGGAGGUCACCACUGUCACAGUUCCUACGACUAUCAAUGUACCGGGUGAUAUGACCACUGUAACUGUUCCUACCACCAUUACUAUACCUGGAGCUGGGGAGGUGACUACCGUCACAGUUCCGACUACUGUCCAGCUCCCAGCGGAGGUUAGCACUGUAACAGUUCCGACAACCCUUACCAUUCCUGGGGCUGGAGAGGUCAUCACUGUCACAGUUCCUACGACUGUCAACGUACCAGGCGAUAUGACCACUGUCACAGUCCCCACUACCCACACUAUACCCGGGGCAGGAGAGGUUAUUACAGUAACUGUCCCGACCACUGUCCAACUCCCAGCGGAAGUUAGCACUAUAACAGUUCCAACAACCCUUACCAUUCCUGGGGCUGGAGAGGUAACCACCGUGACAGUUCCGACUACCCUUACAAUUCCCGGGGCUGGAGAGGUGACUACCGUCACAGUCCCUACCACUGUCAACGUACCUGGAGAUAUGACGACGAUAACAGUUCCUACUACCCUUACUAUACCUGGGGCUGGAGAGGUAAUCACCGUGACAGUUCCGACUACCCUUACAAUUCCCGGGGCUGGAGAGGUGACUACCGUCACAGUCCCUACGACUGUCAACGUACCUGGAGAUAUGACGACGAUAACAGUUCCUACUACCCUUACUAUACCUGGGGCUGGAGAGGUCACAACUGUCACUGUUCCUACCACUGUUAAUGUGCCCGGGGAUAUGACAACUGUCACACUCCCGACCACUAUUACUAUUCCCGGGGCGGGAGAGGUGACUACUGUUACCGUUCCUACCACUGUAAACCUACCAGGAGAUAUUACUACAGUCACUAUCCCGACCACUACUACUCUUCCGGCAAUGGAUGCUAUUACUGUUACUGUUCCUACAACUCUCACAAUCCCUGGAGCAGGUGAGGUGACUACAGUAACUGUCCCGACAACUAUCCAACUCCCAGCGGAGCUUACCACUGUCACAGCAACCUCCACUUCGACAGUUGACGUGCCCACAACUGUAACUGUUCCUACUACCAUCACUCUCCCUGGCGAGAGCAUUACCAGUACUGUCACUAUCCCCACCACCGUCACUGGAGAACCCACAACGAUAACUGUUCCAACCACCGUAAAUCUUCCCGGUGAAGUGACCACCGUCACUAUCCCAACCACCGUCCAGGUUCCUGGACAAUGUGCUCCCACAGUAUGCUCAGUCGCAACACCAAUCACCAAUCCCGAUUUCGAAUCCGGACUGACAGGAUGGAACCCAAGCAUCAGCGGCAGUGCACAACUCGACAUAAUAAAUACUUACCCAAUCACCAACCAAGGAUGGUAUGCUCGCGUCAGGAUAAGCGCUAGCACGGCAGUUGUGACACUCGCACAGACCGUAUCCCUAUGCCCCGACACAAACUACCAGUUCUCUAUCUCUGUCAGAAGACCCCUAGUAUCAAGUACUCAGUGCGGAAUUAGCGUGUCUAUGGAUGGCACGGUCGUGACUACGAGCGCCCCCCUUGGCCUCCAGUCUGGAUGGGCUACGCUCACGGGUUCUUAUAGAUCAACGAAAUCUACCGGUACUUUUAGUCUACGUGUUACAUGUCCAGGCACAGGAGCGUCCAGGGAGCUUGAUAUGGACCAAGUGCGCCUUGUUCCUGUGUAG